AUGAUGGCUGCAUGCAAAAAUCUGAGUGAAGACAAUUUCUCCAUUCCCGUUGAGCAUAACAGCAUGGAGUCGAUUCUGGAAAAAAAAAUUCACUUUAUAUUCAUGGAGGUCGGGGUGCCAGCUGUCAGUGCUUUUGGAUUAGUGGGAAACAUCCUUAAUCUGCUCGUACUGACCAAAGAAAAGGUCAACCAUUGUUUAACAAAGAUGGAAAAAUCAGCUCAUAUAGGAUUAAUUGCUUUAGCUGUUUCCGACUUCAUGUUCUGUCUCCUGGCGUUACUGUUCACCAUACUGCCACCACAGGAAACAUAUCGAGAGCGAAAUGGAGUCCUCUACUAUCGUUGGCUUGGAAAUGGUUUCAUCACUUUCUUCAUCAUCAACAGUACUUGGUUAAUUGUGGUAAUGGCAGGGGAAAGAUACCUUGCUGUCUGCCAUCCUUUUAAGGCCAGGAAACUGAUAUCGGUCAAAAAGACCAAGAUUGCUAUCUGUCUGGUGUACAUGAUCUGCAUUCUUUCUAUAAUACCACUGUUUUUUGAGUCAGAAAUAGUAGAAACGACGUGCAUUGAUGGUUCCAGACUGUACAGAAUUGAGAGACGUAAAAAUUACAAUGACCAAACACGAAGAAUGCUGUGGUCUAUUAUUUUCGAUUUCAUUCCAUGUAUUGCCCUCCUGUUCUUCAAUAUCUGUCUGGUCUGGAAGAUUCGCCGGGCAAAACGUAUACACAGAGAGCUGACCCCCGGACAGAGCAACGACUUUGUUAUGUACUGCUCCUCAAUGAAAAGCACAGAGGAACAAGGCACUCAUUCCUCCUCCAGAUCCAACAACAGAUGUAAUGGUUGUCCUAAAAAAGACCUGGCACAGAGCUCAUUAAUAAAAACCAGAAAACCGGGAAUGGUUUCCCAUUGCAGGCGAAGCUUUGACAGUGCCCUUAACAGUGUGACCGCCACAUUAAUGGCAGUGGUUGUGCUCUUUUUAAUGCUUGUUUCCCCAUCUGAAAUCAUUAAGUUCAUUUAUGCCAAGAUUCACAUAGUGGACUCCGUUGGUAAAAACAAGCACUAUUACUACCACAAGAUUAUACUGCAUGUGACGAAUUUCAUGCAAGCUCUGAACUUUUCAAUUAAUUUCAUUUUAUACUGUGCUGUUAACAAAUCUUUCAGAAAAACACUCCGUAACCUUGUUCCUUUCUGUCGCCAAAGUCGGCCCAGAGCUCGAUUCAUCAAACGUAUGCCACCAACACAUUGCCAUAACUUGACUUGAAUACAAAUUGUAUAAUCUGUAUAAA